AUGUCCGGAGACAGUCGUGAUGAUGAGGAGAAGUUGCAAGUUGGGAUGAUUUUCAAAACAAGGAAUGUUUUCAAACAGCAAAUGGCUUUGCAUGCAAUCACAAAAAAGUUUCGUUUCAGGAAUGCAAAGUCAGACCCCACCAUGAUGAUCCUGAAGUGUUGUGGAACGGGAUGCCCAUGGCGCGUGUAUGCGGUUAAGUUAAAGGAUUCAGACGUCUUCCAGAUAAGAACCUACGAAGGUAAACACACAUGUACAAUAGACGUCCGUGGCGGUUACCAGCAGCAAGCAACAGCUUCUGUUAUUGGGGAGCUGAUGCGGACAAAGUUGGCUGGGGUCGGGGCUGGACCGAGACCAGGAAAAAUAAGACAGAUGAUGCGGGGAGAUCAUGGCGUUAAUAUCUCUUAUUGGAAGGCUUGGAGAUCGAGAGAUAUGGCAAUAGAUAAUGUACAAGGGUCGUGCAACACUUCGUACGUUGAUCUUCCGUCAUAUUUAAACAAGCUUGUGACUGUCAACCCAGGAACAAUAGCUAAUCUAUGCACAGAGUCGACAGAUGAUGGAGGACAACGGUUCAAAUACAUGUUCGUGGCGUUAGGUGCUUCCAUUAAGGGUUAUCAAUAUAUGAGGAGGGUGGUUGUUAUUGAUGGGACACACUUGAAAGGGAAGUACGCAGGUUGCUUGUUAACAGCCUCGGCCCAAGACGCUAAUUACCAAAUUUUCCCGCUGGCUAUCGCGGUGGUUGACAGCGAAAACGAUGCAUCAUGGGAAUGGUUUUUCCAACAGCUAACAGCUUUUGUCCCAGACGAGGACGAUCUAGUUUUUGUGUCUGACAGGAAUUCAUCCAUUUACAAGGGGCUCGGCAAGGUUUAUGGAGGUGCAGCACACUGUAUAUGCAUCGUCCACCUGAAGAGAAACAUCAGAACGAAUUUCAAGGGUAGUCACCUCACUUACUUGGUUGCGAAAGCAGCAAGGUCUUACCGGAUAGAGGACUUCUACAAAACAUUCAACGAGAUCAAAGACAUGGAUGCGAGCUGCGCAAAAUACCUAUUGGAUAUAGGAUUUGAGCAGUGGGCAAGAUCCCAUUUUCCGGGGAAUAGAUAUGACAUAAUGACAAGCAAUUUGGCAGAGUCUUGGAAUGCUGUCUUGAACGAGGCGAGGGAAUUCCCGGUUAUCCGUUUGGUUGAUUACAUACGAGGGAAGCUGACUGAGUGGUUUGCAACCAGGAGAGCUUCUGCAAAUUCAAAUACCAACGUGUUGUCUCCCCGUGUGCUGAAGAUUGUGACAAGAAACUUUGAGAAGACAGGGGGGUACAGUGUCAAUAUCAUAGGUGACGGCGAGUUCGAGGUGCAAGAUAAAAACGGGGAUAGCUACCAUGUGUUUCAGAUGCUAUGUAUCCCAUGUCCCCAUGCAAUAUCUGCGGCUUUGCAUUCGGGUGUAUUGGUUGAUACUCUAGUUCUGGAAGCUUACAAUGUAAGUAUGCUAAGGGGUGCUUAUAAGGAAAUGAUAAUACCUGUUGGUGACUACAAGGGGUACCCAGCUAAUGAUGCUAUCUUCAAUGGCCACCGCUUAAGUCCGCCAGCUACGAGGCGCCCGCCAGGAAGGCCAAAGAAACAACGGUUCUUCUCACGUGGUGAAAAACUGAUGAAAAGCAUCCGUAGAAGGAUUGUAUGCAGCAGAUGCAAGGGUCUGAACCAUAACAAGGCCACCUGCAAAAGACCAAUAUGA